AUGUUUGAUGCUGUUUGUAGUUUGGGUGCAGGUUUUAAAGCUCCAUCAAUGUAUAUGUUGCGUGGUCCAUUGCUAGAUAGUUGGGUUGAUGAUGUUCAUAGUCUUGUUGAGAACUAUCGUAAUGUUUGGCGGCAAAUUGGAUGCACUAUUAUGGAUGAUGGUUGGACUGAUCGGACUAGGCGGACUCUUAUCAACUUUCUUGUUUAUUGUCCUAGAGGAACUAUUUUCUUGAAGUCUGUGGAUGCCUCUCAUGCUUCCAAAACUGCUGAUUUAUUAUUUAAUCUAUUCAAAGAAAUUGUUCUAUUUGUUGGGCCUGAAAAUGUUGUUCAAUUCGUGACUGAUAAUGCUUCUAAUUAUGUUGCUGCUGGAAGGUUAUUGGAGGCUGAGUUUUCCACAAUAUUUUGGUCUCCUUGUGCUGCUCAUUGUAUUAAUCUGAUGUUGAAAGAUAUUGGCAAGUUAGAGGAAGUGGGUGCAACCGUGGCACAUGCUUCAUCAAUUACCAAGUACGUAUAUAACCAUUGUCAUCCUUUACCCUUGAUGAGAAAAUUCACUUGUGGUAGAGAAAUUCUUCGUCCAGCUCUAACUCGCUUUGCUACUAAUUUUAUUGCUUUGAAAAGCAUAUUAGCUCAAAAAGAUCCAUUAAGAGCAAUGGUAACUUCAAGAGAGUGGACAAGUUCAGCAUAUUCUAAGGAUUUGAAGGCUAGAAAAUUUGUGGAUUUAGUCUUAGAUUCUAGCUUUUGGAAAGAAUGUGCUGACAUUGUGAAAGUUACUGAACCACUUAUACGCUUGUUGUGUCUUGUUGAUAGUGAAGACAAGCCUUCUAUGGGUUAUCUUUAUCAAGCCUUUUAUAAAGCAAGAGAAGAUAUGGUUAGAUGGUUUCAAAGAAAGAAAAAGAAGGCCGAGCCGUACUUGAACAUCCUGGAUAGUCGGUGGGAUACUCAGCUUCGUAAAAAAUUGCAUACUGCGGGAUAUUGGUUAAAUCCAGCAUGUCAUUUCAAUGUUGAAGAAUUCAAUAAACAUGCAUUGACAACUUCUGGUCUUUUAGAUGUUAUAGAGAGGUAUGCUCAUAAGGAUGAGGAAUUAUUGUCCAAGUUAACAUCUUAG